UAAAAGUUUGGCAAAAUGUUCUUCGAUACAUAUUUUCAUUAAGAAAUCAGGGAAAUAGAGGGAGAAUAGGCAAUUUUUACACGGUUAUCUGUCAAUGUCAAAGAUUCCCAGUAGCAUGCUAGAGGGCCAUAGUAGUCAGCAACAGCAGCAAGAAGGGCCAACCCAAUCACAACGAACUGAAGAAGAGCCAAUGGAAGUGGAUGAAAAUAGUGAUUGUGUUAUAUGCAUGGAUGUCAUGCAAAAUAAAAAGACAUUGGAAAAAUGUUCACAUGAAUUUUGUAAGGACUGCAUUGACAGUCAUUUUAAGUACAAGCCACAGUGCCCCAUAUGUUUUACAGCUUAUGGAGUAAUCAUGGGGAAUCAGCCAGAUGGAUACAUGGAGAUAAAUAGAGACAGGCGACACCAGCUUCCUGGUUUUAUGGAGAAAGGAUUAAUCCGAGUGUACUAUUCAUUUUCUGAUGGACAGCAGGGGCCAGAACAUCCAAACCCAGGACAGAGGUUUUAUGGAACAAGUCGUACUGGCUAUCUCCCAGACAACGAAAAAGGUCGCAUUGUGGCACGACUCCUUAGAGUGGCAUUUAACAGGAAAUUAGUUUUCACAGUUGGACGAUCACGAACUACAGGGGUAGAUAACUGUGUAACUUGGAAUGACAUUCAUCAUAAAACUUCUAUAUCUGGAGGCCCAGAAAAUUUUGGAUACCCAGACCCCACCUUCCUGGAUCGUGUGUUAGAAGAAUUGGCUGCGAAAGGUGUGACCCAAGAUGAUCUACAUGAAGUGAAAGAGGAUAUCAUUAAAUGAUACGUAUCAAUUCCAGACUCAACUCAGAUUAAAAAUGUUUAUAUGUGUAUGAGAAAGUGGGUGAAAUUUGAUUUUCUUUGCAAAAUACCGAAGACUAAAAAUUUCCUGGAAUUAGUUAUUCAUGA